AUGUUUGCCCCAUCGUCCCCAUAUCUCCAUCUCCAACACCAUCAAUUUGAUAGAGCCAUGAAUCCACCAUACUACAGCAGUCGAGCCGGCGUCAGGGGGAAGAGGAGUUCGGGUCCGUCAACCUGCACUUGUCGUUCCCGGCGAAGAGGAUGUGGCAGAACACUUCCGGCUUGUCCAAACUGUCGCCGCCAGGGCCAGGAAUUCGCCAUGGGAUCAUGGCAUCGUGGUAAUGACGGCCGCCUUGUGGCCCGCGGCGGCCACCAGCGUGGCAUUCUCUCGGUCCGGUCCAGAAAAGUCGAUCUUGCCAACAAGCGAGCCGGCCACCACCCCGUAAAGAAACACAGCUUCAUCCUCUCCUUGCCACGGGGUCUUUCCCUUGCCCGCCUGGUCAGGGGGGACAAGUCUUGUUACCGUCAGAAAAAUGGCGAUCUCCCCCUCAGCGUCUCGUUCCCCCUUUCAGACGGUGAAGAUUUGGAAAUGACGGAUCUCUACGAACUCUUGGUCAAGAUGUCUCUGUGUGAAGAGGAGGCGAUGCAGCAAGAACAGCAAUUUGAAGCCCUUUCACUCCCAUGUGUCGAAAUCGAUAUGCAGGACGAAAUUCCAGCCGUGUUCCAACGGGAGGCUACACCUCCGCCUGAAUCCUCCUCCGAGCCAGCAUCCAUCUCUUCCUCGGCUACUUCUUCGGCCUCGUCAUCACCGGUAACAACGCCCGAAGUUGACUCUCAGGGUGAGACAGCAAAGGACGGGCCAAGUCGGGAGGCCGAGACGGAAGCAGAGGUCAAAGCUGAGCAGGUCGAGCCAGAUACUGAAGAAGAACCAGCGAGCGAGCAAGCCUGUAUCAUGCAAGAGCAAACGGAAGCUUCAACGGCCAAACCCACCACCCCUCCCCAAUCACUCCUCAACAUUCUUCACCCCCUCCAUCAGUCCACCCCCCUUGACGAGGCGGACCUGGCCACCAUACUCAACUGGCUCCUUCAGCCCGAUAUCUUCAGUCACUUGUCGGUCCAAUCGUCCUCGGCCAAAUCAUUUUUCACCGCACCCCCCAAGGAUGACGAUGGCUCCCCUUUCCCCAGCACAGACCACUUCCUCCAGAUCAUGGAGGUUAUCUCCCAGCUCACCGCCAAAGUCCUCAUGAAACCUUCCUCUGUCGACGCCGAGGUCCAAGAAAAGGGGCGGGUGGAGAUCACCGCCGAACACCUUUCCGUCAUCAUGAACUUGAGGCUGCUUCUGGACUAUGCGGCCAGGGUCUUGUGCAUCAGGAGCAUCGAGACUCAGAACAACAACACUAGCACCAUGGGUGCCAAUGCCAAUGCUCGGCAAGUGGCUUGA